UUUGCAGAAAAUGGACAUGGAUAUGACUCUGCACUUUGGAGAACGCGAGAAGAUUCUCUUCAGCUGGUGGAAAACUGGAUCUCUGUCUGGAAUGGCAGUCUCCAUGCUUAUAACCUUCCUUCUCUGUAUUCUCUACGAAGCCAUCAAAUCAUUCCGUUACUUCCUCGCAGUAUGGAAUAAUCAAAAGAGACAACAGAGACAUGCAGAAGCAUCCAUUACAAAUCCACAAAAUAGUGGAGGAGACAAUAUUUCUGAAGAUUCUAUUCACAUCGCACCACUUGUUCAGUUAUCUGGAUUUACAAAACGGCUGUUCACCUCGUACCGGCUUGCUCAAGGAGCUCUCUACGGACUUCAGGCUCUCCUUGCUUACACUCUUAUGCUGAUUGCUAUGACUUACAACAUGAACCUAAUUCUCUCAAUUGUUGUCGGAGAAGCUGUUGGAUAUUUCUUGUUCACUGGAAACCCACUUGUUGAGCAACAUCUCACAGAUUGUUGCUGAUCUUUCAUGUAAAUUUCACUCUAAAAUCUCGACUUUUUCCAUCAUUCCAAACACAUUACGACCAAAAAUAUUAAAUCUUCAUGUAUUCUGUUGUUACUGGUACCUCACCCAUGUUUGCUUUGUUUUUUCAAUUUUUCUUUGUAACAUUUUCAAAAAAUCAAUUCAUUCAAAUAUCUCAUAACUUAUUCAUACAUUACAAUUUUCUUUGUUCAUUGACUAGAUCGAUUUGCACGUUUCGAAGUUGGCCAUUUGGCAUUCUUUGAUUGUAAAUUGGGCGAAUUUGUUGUUGUCUGAAUAUUAAAAAAUAAAUAUUUGCAACUUUAAU